AUUAUUAAUUAUUUUAAAAUUACUUUUCCACCCUCCAAUAAAAACCCUUACCCAUGCCCUCUUCCUCUCUCUUUUCCUACACAGCUCACCGGAAAUUUCUGUCGCUCUAUUCUGCUCUUGCUUUCAAAGUCAGGGUCACCGAUCCCCGACGCUUUUGGUUGGAUUUGCAGGGAUCUAUACUGGAAUUAGAAUAUUUUAGGCAUAAAAAUCAAAAUUAUUAUUAUUAUUACUUCCAUUUCGGUGUAUGCAUUUAUAAUUUGCUAAUGGUUGGUAUAAUCCAUCGCUCUCUGAAAGGGUAGAGCACGAGAAAUUAGCGUUGCAGCAGCAGCCCUGCAUCUGUAUUCAUUGUUUUCUUUUUCUUUUAUGCGUUGGCUAUGAUUAUUGAGCUGUAAGAUCCUUAGAAAUAUUAGUUAUUGAGCCGUAAGAUCGUUAGAAAUAUUAGUUUAGGCAUGAGAUCGUGCAGUGGAUGGCGUCGUUUCCUCCUUUGUUUCUCUCUGCUACUUAUCAUUUUCCAUAUCUUCUCUGUUUUUGAAUUUCAUCCCAACUCAGUCAUAGAAAUUGCCCCAAAGAAACGAAAUAAAAAGUCUGAUCAUCUGGUUCUUGGUCCUGCUGCUGGGCAAGGCUUGCCUAAUCGGUUGCAAUGCCAAGGCUCUAAAGCUCUCAACAAGUCCCAUUUCCUAACCCCUUCCAAUGCCUCUAAUGUUGGAGAUAGCAUUAGCUUUGUCACUGUCUUUACCAUUUACAGCACUUCAUUGGAUUCACAUGCUGACGAUAAAUCAUCAAAUUUGGUUACUGUUGGAAAUGUUUCAUACACUAAGAAAGAGAGGUCAAUGGCCAUUUUGAAUGUCUUCAUUAAUUUUAUUGAGGUGACAAUGCCUCAGAGCAAUGUUAUCAUUCUUGCUGAUCCAGAAUCUGAUCUCUCACUGCAAAGAAAUAAAGUCACUUUGUAUCCGAUUCAGGGUGAAUAUAAUCGAGAUAAGUUGAUGCUUCAAAGAAUAAGAUCUUACAUUGCUUUUCUAAACACAAGGCUGAAGGAACUUGCUCAGAACCCAGGGCAUACAAGUCAUUACAUCUUCACCGAUUCAGAUAUAGCUGUGGUUGAUGACUUAGAACACAUUUUUCAAAAGUUCCCAAACUUUCAUUUGGCCCUCACCUUCCGGAACAACAGGGAGCAACCUUUAAAUUCUGGAUUUAUAGCUGUAAGGGGGACCCCUGAGUCAAUUUUAAGGGCAAAAAUCUUCCUUCAAGACGUGCUUGAAGUCUAUACUUUGAAGUACACGAAUGCUUCUCGGAUGCUUGGGGACCAUUUAGCUCUUGCUUGGGUCAUAAAAUCUCAGCCUAAUUUUGAUUUGCGGAGAUUUAGCAAGGCACAGGCCUUUAUAGAAGAAAUUGAUGGUGCAUCAGUGCUAUUCCUACCAUGUGCUACAUAUAAUUGGACACCACCUGAGGGGGCUGGCCAAUUUCGGGGAAUGCCUUUGGAUGUGAAGGUGGUGCAUUUUAAAGGAUCAAGGAAACGCUUAAUGCUCGAGUCUUGGAACUUCUUCAGUUCUGCUUCUGACAUCUCUGAUAUGUUGUGCCUUAUUCUAAUGAGUGGGAGAACUCGGUAUGAUUUUUGAGUUCUAAUGCAGCUUUAGGUUAGCGUAUCUGGGUUACAUGUGUAUUGGGGAAACUACCGAGUACCGAUUUCUUUGGAAGGAACUUAUUAGGAAUUUUCAUUCUUCUUCUUGGAAUUUGUAGUAAUUUUUUUCAUUCUUCUUCUUGGAAUUUAUAGUUAUUUUCUUUCACAAACAUACUACUUACCACCUAAGAAACCGUAGAAUGGUUCUCUCAACUGAAUUUUAUCAUUGAUCCUAUGUUCA